AUGAAUGAAUAUCAGUUUGAUGGUGACAUAAAUGACUUAAGUGUUGAACAAAGAGAAUUAAUUGCUGAUGUAUUCAAAGUGCAAGGUUUCAAAAACGUAAAAAUUGAAGUACAACCAGUGGGCAAAGAAGGAGAUAAUUUUGUAGCAAACGUAAAAAGAAUGAUCGUAACUAAGGAUGGUGAAACUUUUAAGAUAAUUGGUAAAGUGGCUCCAAAAAAUGAAGAAUUGCGAACUAUUAGAAAAACAGCUACUUAUUUCCAAAAUGAGCAUGUCAUGUACACCAAAGUGUUACCUAAGUUUACUGAAUUAGAAAAAACGGUAAACGUUUCAGAAGAGGAAAGACUGAGAUACGAUGACAAAGCAGUGGAGUGCUGUAUGAUCGACUACCAAUUAUCAAAACAGAGUAGUCCCGUCGCUGAUCUUCAUUACAUGAUCUUCAAUUGCACCGAUCACGCCACAAGAAUGAAGCAUUUCCACGACUGGAUCGAUUAUUAUUACUCGGAAUUGGAUAAAAGAUUGGCUAAGUUCGAACUAAAGACCGAUGAAGUUUAUCCUAAGUACCAACUCGAAGCAGAUUUAAAAAUGUUUGCUGAGUUCUCUCUUGGCCAUGCUAUCAUGUUGGCUGCACUAGUGUUUAGAGAAACAGCAGAUACUGGUGAUCUUGUGGAAGCGACAAAUGACAAAGAGCCUAAUAAAUAUAAAGAUGACACGGCCGAUAAAAACAAAUUUACAGUUUCACGUUCUGCAACGGUAAAUAAAUUGAAAGCAAGGUUAGAACAAGUGAUCGAUAGUUUUAUAGAGUUCGGGUAUCUAUCUAAUAUUAAUUAAGUGUCAUUUAAAACGAGGUUUGCUACUUUUAUUUGGUGAAUUUGGUAGUAUUGAGAUAUAUUAAAUGUUGGUACUAGAUAAAACGG